UGUGUUUGUGAGUGAGAGUAUGUGUCUGCGCGCGCACGUGUGCGUAUUUAUGUGUGUGUGAAAAAGGGAACAGCACUAUCAGCAGGUAAAAGUGAGGGUGGAAGACAGCAAGCGUCCCGGGGCUAAUUCCGUGGAAGGCACGGGAGGACCUCUCAGAAAAAAUGCCGAACAAGUCCAAAAAAGAUAAGGAAUCCUCAAAGUCUGGGAGGUCCAACAAAAGUGGGAGUAAAAAUGAGAAUAACAACUCAGAAAAUGAGGGCUCCACCAAGAGGGGUAGCAGCGGCGCCCCGCCCACCGCCCAGCUGCUGCGGGUGAAGCAGCCAUCAUCGUCGUCGCAGGCGGGGCAGAAGAAGGAGCAUCGCAUGAGCAACUCCUGCUUCCCCAUCAGCAACAACCGAGAGCUGCAGAGGCUGCCAGCCUUCAGAGAUGUAGCCCCGGCGGAGCAGGAGAAGCUGUUCAUCCAGAAACUGCGGCAGUGCUGCGUGCUCUUUGACUUUCUGUCGGACCCCCUAAGUGACCUGAAAUGGAAGGAAGUGAAGCGGGCGGCGCUAAGCGAGAUGGUGGAGUACAUCACCCACAACCGCAACGUCAUCACCGAACCCAUCUACCCAGAGGUGGUGCACAUGUUUGCUGUGAACAUGUUCCGGACGCUGCCCCCCUCAUCAAACCCCACGGGGGCCGAGUUUGACCCAGAGGAGGACGAGCCCACUCUUGAAGCCGCUUGGCCACACCUCCAGCUUGUCUAUGAAUUUUUCCUUAGGUUUUUAGAAUCUCCCGACUUUCAACCCAACAUAGCUAAGAAAUACAUUGACCAGAAAUUUGUCAUGCAGCUUUUAGAUCUUUUUGACAGUGAAGACCCGCGAGAAAGAGACUUUCUGAAGACCACUCUGCACCGGAUCUAUGGCAAGUUCCUCGGCCUGAGAGCGUACAUCCGGAAACACAUCAAUAAUAUAUUUUAUAGAUUCAUAUAUGAGACAGAGCACCAUAAUGGAAUAGCUGAAUUGCUGGAAAUACUUGGAAGUAUAAUCAAUGGCUUUGCCUUACCGUUAAAAGAAGAGCACAAGAUUUUCCUGUUGAAGGUGCUACUGCCUUUGCACAAAGUUAAGUCACUCAGUGUCUACCACCCACAGUUGGCAUACUGUGUAGUGCAAUUUCUGGAGAAGGACAGCACACUUACUGAGCCUGUUGUGAUGGCCCUUCUUAAGUACUGGCCAAAGACCCACAGCCCAAAGGAGGUGAUGUUCCUCAACGAACUAGAGGAGAUCUUGGACGUCAUUGAGCCCUCGGAGUUUGUCAAGGUCAUGGAGCCCCUGUUCCGUCAGCUCGCCAAGUGUGUAUCGAGUCCGCACUUUCAGGUCGCAGAGAGAGCUCUCUACUACUGGAACAAUGAAUACAUCAUGAGCCUGAUCAGUGACAACGCCGCCAAGAUCCUGCCCAUCAUGUUUCCAGCCCUCUACCGCAACUCAAAGACCCACUGGAACAAGACCAUCCAUGGCUUGAUUUACAACGCUCUGAAGCUCUUCAUGGAGAUGAACCAGAAGCUCUUUGAUGACUGCACGCAGCAGUUUAGGGCCGAGAAAAACAAGGAAAAGUUAAAGUUGAAAGAGAGGGAGGAGGCCUGGAUCAAGAUUGAGAAUCUUGCCAAAUCAAACCCACAGUUCCUUAUGUAUGUUGAUUCCUCUGGCCACAAUAGUCCCGUAGAAAUGGAGACUGAUGGUCCUUUGAUAGAAGAUGUUCAGAUGUUAAAAAAGACUGUAGCGGAUGAAGCCAUUCAGAUCCAGAGAGACCAGCGAAAAGACAAGCCACUGGUGCGCCGCAAGUCCGAUCUGCCUCAGGAUAUGUUCACCACGAAAGCCUUGGAGUCCCAUCGCCGUGCUGAAGAAAUGCUGACCACUCACGACAGCCACUAACUGCUCAGUCCUGUCUCUCCUGUCUCUCCUUCCAGUCCAUGUCCAUGUGUGGUUGUCCCCCCCCGUCCCCCCCCCCUCGCCCAACUCUCGGCCCAUGCCCAACCAAACUGGUGUUCAGCAUUGGAACAUAAGCAGCACAAUGUCCCUGCCCCCUUUUCACUUCUCCGAAAGAAAAAAAUUGAGUUUGUCUUUCUCAGGUUUUUAAUUUGUUUUUAAGUUCAGGAAGGGGCUGGGCUGUAUCUCUUUCUCUCUUAAUUUCUUUCUUUUUUCUUCGUGGCUUCUCUCUUUCUUUCUUUCUUUCUCUCGCUCUCUUUGCUUUGCGACUUUACUCUCUCCCCUCCAUACCCUUUCGUCUUUCGUCCGUCCUAUCAAUUCAUCCAUCUACAUCUUCGUUUCCUCUGUCCAUCCAUCUUCUUCUGAGCAUCACCUGGCCUGCAUGCCAUCACUCCCUCCAUCCUUUCCUCCUCCUUUUUUCCCUGUGCAUAUGUCUGAGAAACUCGAUGACAGAAGCUCCCGCCGGCAGCAUCUCCUCUCUCUCUCUGCGGGGCGUGAGGAGGGGCCAGCCAGGACACAGAUCAAGUGGAAACACAACCCGUUUCCUCCCUCUCUGCCCAAAGGGAACAAAGUAGGGACUUGGGACUGUUUUGAGAGGGGAUUCUGUUUAUUGUCUCUCUUUUUUGUUUUAUCUCUGUAUUGUUUUUUUUUUUUUUUUUCAUUUUCCCUCUCUCUCGCUCGCUCUUUCUUUCUCAAUCCCAAGGACUGUUGCCAGUGCCAACACCUUCUGUUUUUGAGAUCAUUCUGUCACCAUGUAAAUGGUGUGUGUGUAUGUAUGUAUGUGUGUGGACUUCUGUGCUGUCAGACAGGUGUAGCUCUGGGGGGUGUUGGGGUGAAGUGUGGUUUGCCUUGUCUCUCUUGCCAUUAUUAUCUUUGCUUUUCGAACGUGUUGAAAUCCUGGUCUGAUAGGAGCAGGAGUUAAGGGCUGGAAGGAUAGCUCUCUCUGAGAAAGGAGGAUGGAUGCGCUAUGCUGUGAAGUCCCAGUGUAGUCUGACAGUUUUUUUUUGGUGCCAUGACAAAAAAAAAAGAACAACAAAAAAACAACAAAAAAAAACCUCUGCUUUUAUUUAUCCAGACUUUUUGUUUUGUUUUUUUUCCAGGGCUGUCUUUUUUCUUUUCUUUGACAAUAUGCUCGCCGUGACAUGGUGGGAUAUUGACGGUUCAAACAAUGGUACUCUUCUUUCAAAUGGAGAUUCAGGACUUCUGUCAGGUGGCACGGCAGCACCGCCCAUUGUGCUUUAGCCGACGUGGGAUGUUGCGUACCGGGCAGAACUCCAAUCUGUCUUGGAACCAUCUUUGCAGUGGUCCACAUCAGUCUUCUGUGCUGUACCCAUCUACAAGAUUGCUGCUGUGUAGCCUAUUCUACAUUCCCCCCUCUCGCACUUUUCUCUCUCAACGCUUUUCCUGGCACACACGCGCACACACACACACACACACACACACACACACACACACACACACACACACACACACACACACACACUGGCAGUCCUCAUCUGUCUCUGGUUAGUAGCCUGCCAUUCGCACAAGCUGGCUUGAGGCCAUGUUGGAGGACAUCUCUCCCCUCACCCUAGUCCCACCGGGGGCCUGUGGAAUGCUGUAGUAGACACCUAGAGACACACAAGGGAGAUUCUGGCUUUCAUGUGGACGGAAGCAAUUAGACGGUUACCCUUUGUGUGAAAUUUGCAAAACCAACCAAAACCAAUACAACACCUCUUAAAAGCAGAGCUCACAGAAGAGUUGGUGAUUCAGCUUCCUGUUUGAGCAAGGACGAGGUGCCCUUGUUGAGUUGAGGGUGGGCUGUUGAAUGAGAACGAUAGCCUAUAGGAGUAGCCAUGUCAGGUGCAGAUUACCCUGAUGUCCACUACCAAAAUGUGAACAAGCUAUGUUAAAACAUGUUUUGUUGUCUAAUAGUGACAGUCUUAGGUGGCGUUGACUAACAGCUGUACAAUGUAUGAUGCAAAUUGGAUGCAGUGGCCAUUUAGGAUGUCAGGCCUUCAGGAACACACCAUCUCAAUCAACAACAGCACAAAAAACAUGAUGAUCGUCUUACCUGACUUAAGUCGCCAGUCACAAAUCUGGACUGGGGACAGGUCCCCAAAACCUGCACUGAUUCAAAAUCCUGUAUCUCAGACCGCCCCUCACCCAGCUGCCCCUCAACCAUGGCUUCUAUAGGUCUCUCUCUCUCGCUCUCUCGCGCUCUCUCUCUCUCUCUCUCUCUCUCUCUCUCUCUCUCUCACUGUUUCUCUCUCUCUGCAUCUCUGUGUUGCUCUAUCUCACUCAGCACUUUGCUGUAGAACGGAAAGGACUGUUAUUUUUGUUACAUAAAUGAGAGGCACAAAAAAAACGCCUCUCUUCAUUUUCAAAGAUAUGUUAGUGCCUUUCUAUUACCGAUGUAGGGGAAUUUAACGCGUGAAGUUCAUCGGCUGGAUAGUGAGAACAGGAGGGUUUGGCAAAAAAGGGACUUUUUGCUGUUCUUUCCUACGAUGUCAUUCUCUGUUCUCUCGCACAGGUAUUCUAUGGCAAAUAAACAUUCUUCAGACAUAGGCACGUUCACCAACAAGCAUACUAGUGAGGCUGACAAAUGGAUUGUGGUUAUAUUUGAAUCUCUCUGAAAUAAAAAAGAAAAGAUGAUAAAUACCUGACCGCUCAUAAGCGCUCCACAGAUGGAAAAAAAACUACCUAGAAGCACUUCCUGAAAACUUGAAAGAUUUUAGAUUCUUUUUUUUUUAUUUUUAUGUAACGUCAACUAGGCAGUUUUGUCGUCAGUCGUGAAUCUAUGUAUGCAUCCUCCCAGCAUGAGUAUAAAACCAUAACGUUUGAGGAUGAUGUUAAUUUAUCUUUUCCAGUGAAAGUGUCUUUCUGUACCAUUGUUUGAACUUGCACACACAAGGAUGUUCAUUAAGCUUUUUCUGGCUUUUGCUUCUCUCUUUCUCUCGCUCUCUCUCUAUCUCUCUCUCUCUCGCUCUUCUGUAAUAGUUGUGUUAAUAUUUGCUUGGAUGUUAUCGAUGUGAUGGUGACUACUACUAAUACCCCACAACCCCCUUCAAAAAAAGAGUAAAGACCCAAGGAAAAACAUUCACCAAAUAGUCAUUUUACCCCUGAAGAAUGCCAGGUGUCGUUGUGUGGUGAUUGGGGUUUUCUGUUGUUCAUUUGUGUUUUAAAAUCUGUUCUGCUAACGUUAGCUUCCCAGAUAAGACUGAAAUAAUAUAUUGAUGGAAUUAUAGAAAGGAGAAAUAACAUUUUAGUGACUUUUUUUUUUAUGCAGUCACUGGUUCUUCACUGUAAUAAUUGCAGAUUUUCAUUUCUACAUAAGCUUUCCAAAAUAUUAUAACAUGACAAGUGUCCUUUCAUAUUACUUGUAUUAUACAACUUCAUUUAUUAUUGUAUAUAUUAAAUACUUUGUUUUACGUAGUGUUAUAUAUCUAGAUUAAUUUGUACAAAUGGUCUCAUGUACAGAGUCAAACAUGAAUAGCAACUGCAGAACACUUGGAAUGUGGCACAAACCUUUUUUUUUUCUUUUUUUUCAUUUCUCUGUAACUGUCUACAUCAGGAAAAUGACUAUACUAUUUUUAAAUCAGUUUGUAACUCUACAAAAAAGUUUGUUUGACCAUUCUUAUGUCUGUGGCAAGAUUUUAUUCAUUAGCCUUUAAUUGUGUGCUUUUAUCCAACCUAAAGUGGUGCACUAUAUAGAAUGAAUAAAGAGAAUAUGUGGAUUUAUAUUUUCAUCCUAAAGCA